AUGCCCCGCAGAGCCCAUAAAAAGUCCAGAAAUGGAUGCGCUGAGUGCAAGCGACGCCACAUAAAGGAGCUUACCGAUUUGAAGUGUGACGAAAAGCACCCAAUUUGCUCCCACUGUAUUACUUCCGAGCGUCCAUGCUUCUACAUUGAUGGACCAUCGAGAGAUCACACGCCAACUCAAAGAGCCUCAUCAAAACCCCGAGCAAUCCCAAAAUCUCCAAAUGGAGAAUCAAUUGACUCGGAAGACGUUAGCCCCGUCAAUAUGAUGCAUGUGGAACUUUUGCAUCAUUUAACCUCAGAGUCUCAAUCUAUAUUCUGCAUAGACUCUACAUACGCCAACGUGUCAUUUACAGAGAUACUCAAACAUUGCCUAUCAGCCCCCUACCUGAUGGAUGAGGCACUUGCCAUAUCGUCUCUACAUUUAAGCAUUACACGACCAGACCAGCAACAAAUCUAUCGGUACCGGGCUUCUCAUAUGCAAACGCAUGCCUUGUCAAUAUUCAACACCAUGAAGCCAGAGGUCAAUAUGGAUUCUUGCAUCGCCGUCUUCAUGUUUUCGUCUCUACUCGGUAUCUACAUGCUCUGCGAUACCCUUGUUUUCCGCAGUGGCACGUUCGACGACUUCUUGGACAGCUUCACACAAUACAUUCGCGUACAUCAAGGCGUGCGAGCCGUUAUAAAUGGAUCUUGGGAUUAUCUUCGUCAAACCGAGCUGGGUCCGUUUCUUAAUAUCGCCGAUUCGCUGCAAGAAGCAAACAAUAGCGCUCCUAAGGAAUUUGAGAACCUGCUUAGUCUCACAGAAUCAGUGGAUAUGGAGGACUCAACCAGCGAAGCAUACCACCACGCCAUAAUGUCGCUACAGGGGGUGAUGGCCGCGGCAAAGACGACUUCAGCAUCGCCUAGCGUUAUCAUUGCUUGGCCUGUGAUUGUAAAAGCUGAAUAUAUCGAUUUACUUUCACGCCGCCAACCGGAGGCGCUUGUGAUACUUGCUCAUUAUGCGGUUCUCCUGCAUUCGCGACGUGACCAUUGGAUCUUCGGGGAUGGAGGUGGAUAUAUCAUCGAGUCGAUUAAUAUGUUCCUUGGUCCCGCUUGGGCGACUUGCUUGAGCUGGCCAAAUGAAAGUCUACAGCAAGAAGCUACAUAA